AUGGGUGCUGGGCCAGAUCGACCAUCCGGUGGUAAAAAUACACCACCAGAACCCCAACUUUUCCACUUUGCUGGUUCCACCCCCUUGUCCCUGAAGAGAAGAAACCCACUUGGCUCGACAGGAACAUACUAA